AUGGCAACCCUCUUCCUUUCCACUCGUGCCUUCUGCACUCUCCCGACUACUAAUUUCAAUAGCCCUUCUUCCGUCACGAGAUCAUCCACCUCCACCACCACCACCACCACCAUCAGCCGCCUUGUCCCGUCUACUCUAGGGAAGAGGAGUUCAACUACUUGUCCUUCGGUCAUGGGAUAUUCCCUCACCAGUUCCCGUCCUGUCCUCACUAUGUGUUCCGCAACUCCCACUAACUUUGUUACUGCAUCUGUAGAGAAGAAAGAAGUAAAACGUAGCGAUUUUCCGGAAGAUUUUAUUUUUGGAGCAGGAUCAGCUGCCUAUCAGGUUGAAGGUGCAGCAAGUGAAGGUGGCAGAGGCCCUAGUAUCUGGGACACUUUUACAGAUCGAUUCCCUGAAAAAAUUGCAGACGGUAGCAAUGGAAGUGUGGCCAACGACUCCUAUAAUCGAUACAAGGAAGACGUGCAUAUUAUGAAGAAUCUGGGUCUCAAUGCCUACAGAUUAUCAAUUUCAUGGUCUAGAAUAUUGCCAAGUAUGAAUCAAUCUUAUAUAUUCAACAGGGAAGGAAUCGACUACUACAAUAAUCUCAUAAACGAACUCUUAGAAAACGGUAUAACACCUUUUGUGACUCUAUUCCACUGGGAUCUUCCUCAAGCCUUAGAAGAUGAGUACGGAGGUUUCCUUAGUGAAAGAAUUGUGAAUGAUUUUCGUGACUAUGCAAACCUUUGCUUUUGGGAAUUUGGUGAUCGGGUACAGAAUUGGAUCACGCUUAAUGAGCCAUGGAGUUACUCUGUUUUUGGACAUCACAAUUGUGCACACCCACCGGGUGGAUAUUAUCCAUGGCAUUUGAAGAGUCAAUUGAACAUGUACGACGUGACGCAUAACCUUCUUCUUGCUCAUGCAAAUGCAGCAGAUUUGUAUAAGAAGAAUUAUCAGAAAGUUCAAAAUGGCAAGAUCGGGAUUGUGAAUGUGACAUGCUGGUUUAAGACUGCUGAAGGUCAUGAAGACGCUGGGGAGAGAGAAACCGAUUUCAUGUUAGGAUGGUUUAUGAAUCCAUUGACAACAGGGGAAUAUCCAAAGAACAUGAGAGAUAGAGUGAAAGAUCUUCGACAUUUCAGUAAGAAUGAGCAAAAGUUGCUAAAAAAUUCAUGCGAUUUCAUCGGAUUGAACUACUAUACAGCAUAUCACGCACUCGACAAAAAAAUAUAUCAAGAAUCUCAUGGUAAUGGUGUUGAAGAUUCACCUGAUUAUGAAAAACCAGUUGUUUUCCAUCCACUGUCUGAUGUUUUACUUACAGGUCGUUGGAAAGGUGAAGCAAUUGGUGAAAAGGCUAAUUCAUGGCUUAAUGUCUGUCCAGAAGGACUUGGACAUGUUUUGCAAAAACUUGCGAAAAAGUACGAUACUAAGCUUAUUUACAUUACGGAGAAUGGGGUCUGCGACAAGUCUGAUGUAAAAGGCACAAAUCUUUCAGAAGUCUGCAAUGAUAAGAUGAGGAAAAAAUACAUCCAAGAUCAUCUUCUUCAGAUUAAAGAAGCAAGAAAGGAUAAAGUUAAUGUGAUGGGAUACUUUGUUUGGUCUCUCAUGGAUAAUUUCGAAUGGGGUGAUGGUUACCUUACCCAUUUCGGCCUCAUUUACGUGGAUUACAAGAAUAAUUUAACCAGACACCCAAAAAACUCGGCUCUGUGGUACAUGAAUUUUCUCAAGGGAGGGUCUCCGGUAACUACAAUACCAAUGGAGGCGGCGAAAGAGUCUCCGGCGAAAGAGUCUCCGAUCCCUUACAGUACCAACGGAGUACUGCCAGAGACGGUAGUGCUUCCGAGCUAG